AUGCACGUCUGGUCCACCCUUCUUCCUGUCCUCGGUCUUGGCCUCUCAGCCCAGCAGGCUCUGGCUGCCUACGUCCUCCAGGAUGACUAUGCGACUACCGCCUCGUUCUUCAAUCAGUUCUCUUUCUGGACCGGCGAGGACCCGACCCACGGCUUCGUCAACUACGUCGACCGUGCUACUGCGCAGAACGCCGGCCUGAUUGCCGCGGAUAAUGGAGUCUACCUCGGUGUUGACUACACCAACACUGCCCCGGCUGGCCGGCAGAGCGUGCGUCUCACUAGCACUAAGAGCUACACGCACGGCCUUGUCAUCAUUGAUCUGGCCCACAUGCCAGCCAGCAUCUGCGGAGCCUGGCCUGCCUUCUGGAUGGUCGGCCCCGACUGGCCCAACCACGGCGAAAUCGACAUCAUCGAGGGCGUCAACGACCAAACCAACAACGCAAUGACCCUGCACACCGCCGACGGCUGCUCCAUCGCCCACUCCGGCUUCUCCGGCACCCUGCAGACCUCGAACUGCUUCAUCAAAGCCCCCGGCCAGCCUGCCAACACCGGCUGCGGCAUCGCUGCCUCCGCCCCAAACACCUACGGCACGCCCUUUAACGCCGGCGGCGGCGGCGUCUACGCCACCGAAUGGACCUCCUCCGCCAUCAGCGUCUGGUUCUUCCCGCGCACCGGGAUCCCCGCAGACAUCGCGGGCGGGUAUCCCGACCCGAGCUCGUGGGGCCUGCCCCAGGCGCGGUUUGCGGGAGAUUGCAACAUCGACUCGCACUUCAGUGGGCUGCAGAUUGUCUUCGACACCACCUUCUGCGGCGACUGGGCCGGCGCCGUCUGGGGUUCUGGCGCGUGCGCCGCAAAGGCCGGCACGUGCAAUGACUAUGUCGCGAACAACCCUCGCGAUUUCCAAGAGGCGUACUGGAGAGUCAACUCGUUGAAGGUGUACCAGGAUGCUGCUGGCGCGUAUGGCGGCAAUACGACCGCCCAGGCGCGGGCGAGGGGGCAUAAACAUGCGUCGCAGCACAAGCACAAGCACAACCACGGUCAUUAG